AUGUUGGCUUCGCUUCGGCGUGCUGCGCCGCUGGUCCUGGAUGGUAAAGAAAGCGUUCAGGAGGUGCUACCGCAGCUCGAGGCUUUGACUUCGAGCUAUUCUGCUCCGGCAGAGAUCUUGGCCGUUGGUCAGAAGGGGACCUUCACGGCGAUGGAGCUGCUGGCAGCGUUGCGGAGGAAGGGCGAGCAACGCGUGGUGCCGUGUGUGCGGCUGACAAAGGUGGAUGCCGCAACAGUCGAGGCUGCGACGAAGCACCGGCAGACGUUUCGCAUUCAAGGAUACAACCACUAUCGGUUGGCGCUGCCCUCGAGCGAGAAGUGGCUGGAUGUGUCCACUCUCUCGCGGUGGGACAGUGCCGAGAGCGACAAGCUCCUGGUAGGCAACAACACCAGCGUCAUGCCCUUGGCGAAGGCGAUCGCGGGCCGCGUCAAGCCAUUGCCCGAGAACCAGGUGCUUCUGGUCGAGACUGUUUUGCGAGGAGACCGGGAUCAGAAGCGGCUGAGGGUGUCGCACCUGGCAAAUGCUGUGGCGAGAGCUUCCGCCUGGCAGGUCAGGCCUGUGGAUGCCACCAAGCCAACGCGGCCUUUUGAUUGUGCCGUGCGGAUUCGAACCACGGGGCCCGAAUCGCCAAUUCUCCAAGUCGCCAUCCUACCGAUCGGCGCCCAACCACAGCUUCCCGAAGAAUCGCCGCAAUGA